AUGGCUUUUCUGGGGCUUGGAGGGCUUACCCGGCCCUGGGUGUUAAUCCUCGCGUUGGGACUACUCCAACCUAGCUCGGCCCAGUUCUGCAGCUUCUGGACCCUCGGCUGUAUCGACGCCCUCGCCCAAGUCGCCGUACCUUUCGAUUUCUCCCCUCUUUUCUCCGACCCCAUCACCCUAUUCUACUCCUUCGACUCCAGUCGGUACGGCAAAGGCGAUGGCCCCAUGGCAAAAACCGCGUUCUGGCUAGGGUAUAAGAAUCACAAUGUGAACCCGAAUGCUAUCGAGACAAACAUGACUUCUGAGAUCGCCUUACGUGUGGGAAAUUUGACUGGCACGCCGUCCGGUGGUAACAAUGGAUGUGAUGGUAUCUGGGGACCUCAAUGUUCUCAUAAUAUCAAAACCACUCUUCAGCAAAAGAUUUUUGAUCUGGUCACCUCGAAGACAUACUAUAGUCAACCUUUAGCGACGGUUAUGAAUGAGUUCCUGAUCGAUCAGCCGGAUCUAGAGGAGUGCGGCCCGCAUGUGUUUGAUGUCGCUGCUAUCCCUGUGCAGGACUUUGCAUAUGAAGAGUUCCCCUCACGAGAGGUUACUAUUAUGAAACCAGGGUCAGGUUAUCAUCCUUGGCAAGUAUGGUAUCUCGAUGAUACGACCGAUGCCAAGCAAGCCACUCAGGUUGCGGUGGGAAUUGUCAGCCGUGCUCCAUGUCUCAAUGGCAUUCCACCACUCAGCCCAGACGGUAUCCAAAUCGAGCUGGUUUGUCUUCAGGCACCUCAGGGCCCACCGACCGGGUCAUCAAAAGAUCAUGAUUGA